UCUACCCCCCAAUUGAGGAUAAGAAAAACAGCCGCUCUCUGCUUUUCUCUGCAGUCUAUCCUUUCGAUUUCCAUAGAAUUUGUUUCUAACAAAUGAAGCAGUGGUUAAUUCGAUUUUCCUCCAAUCCCAAUUCCUAAUCCAAAAUAUUUGAAAACGAGAAUAUGCCAAUCUCAGCUGUUUCACCGCUAGGCCAUUGCUAUUGCACUUCAUCACUUGUUAAACCCAGAAUCCCCACCAAUUCCUUGAAAUGUAGUUUCCUUUCCCCCAUCACCCGGAACCCACUUCUUUCCCACACCAAAACUCCUCUCGCUUUCACCACCUGCACUGGCAGAAGUAAGAAAUUUAGCCUCGCCAUUGUGGCAAUGAGCACGGAAGCUGGAGUUGGUGUGAUGGGAACUAAACUUGGCAUGAUGAGUUUCUUUGAGCCUAAUGGAACGGUUGUGCCUGUCACUGUUGUUGGCUUUCGAGAAGGGAACAUUGUGACUCAAAUUAAGACUCAGGCAACUGAUGGGUAUGAUUCGGUUCAGGUGGGUUAUAGGAGGGUUAGGGAUAAAAAGCUGACAAAGCCUGAGUUGGGGCAUUUGGAGAAGUCUGGGAUUAUACCUAUGAGGCAUUUGCAAGAGUUUAGGUUGCAAAAUAUUGAUGGGUUUGAGGUUGGACAGAAGUUGGUUCUCGAGGAGCUUUUUAAGGAGGGGGAUCUUGUUGAUGUCUCUGGAACAACCAUCGGCAAAGGCUUUCAAGGUGGAAUUAAGCGGCACAAUUUCAAGAGAGGCCAAAUGACCCAUGGUUCCAAGAGUCAUAGAGCACUGGGAUCCAUUGGUGCUGGAACAACACCUGGCCGAGUAUACAAGGGUAAGAAGAUGCCUGGCAGGAUGGGUGGAACCAAAACAAAGAUCAGGAAACUCAGAAUUGUUAAAAUUGAUAAUGAUCUUCGUGUUGUGAUGAUCAAAGGUGCUCUCCCUGGUAAGCCAGGAAAUCUUCUACGGAUAGCACCCGCUAAGAUUGUUGGGAAAAACAUACCUAAGAACUAGUUCUGAUGUAAUAGUUUUGUUUUUCUGAUGUAGCAACCUUUUCAAUGCCUCAGUAUUCUGUGUAACCUUUUAAAAUAGUGUCUCUUGCUUGUUGGAUCUUUGCCUUUAAAUGCUUCAAUUCUGUCUUCGUGAA